GCUUCCGGAGUGCCACGCUAGGGCCGCCCCGCCGUAGUUGUGCCUUGAUUGCUCGACAGAUAAGUCUUCGGGAGGGAGUUUGCGUGUUUGUGCGUUUUCGGAAAGGUCGCGCGGGGAUAUGUGGGGCUUGUGAGAGUGCGAGGAUAUGCGCGGGAGUUGCAGUCGGUCCGAAGAGCUUUGGAGAGAGAGAGAGGCGCGUUGGCGGUUGUGAAUCAAGAUGCUGAAACACGUCGGGCACCACAGGACGUCUUCCUCGACGAUAAAAUCCCCUUGCACACUUCCCUCUGAGAAGAGGUCCCCCUGCAAGUCCCCUUCUGUUGCAAACGCCCACGAAGAUAGCUUCACGUGCAACAGGACGAGAUGUGGAGCCGAGAGUACCCCCUCGGGAUCGCCUCCUCCUUGUUCCAGGAUGCUUUAUUCCAAGGAUAACCUGUCGAGCGGAAGCCCUUCGAGAGAGAGUUCGCCCUCGAGCUCCCCUUCGUUUUCUAGAUUUCGAGUUUUGGAUGCCACGUUGAGGACUCCCUCUCACUCGGGGCCGUUUGGUAAUCACUCGUCCUCGAAGUCACUUUCUUGCACUAGGAUUCAGUUUUCCGUGAAUAUUUCACCCUCGAGGACUGGUUCUAUGAUCCACCUCCAGUCUGAAGGCUCGCCCUCAAAGGACUCCUCCUGCUUAGGGGCGAAACAUCCCAGUAAUCCUUCGGCCGCGAGUUCUCCCUCCCUGUCACACGUGCCAAGCCGUGUUCCUGCGUCGAAGGACAGUCAAAAGGAUCUCGAUGAUAAGGCAGAAUACCAGAGGGACUCAUCUGUUUCCGAGAAUAACACACAUCAGGAUUCAUCAAGUUUGAGAUCACAAUCUCCCGUGGAAAACUCACUCUCGAAGAUCCCGUCAGGAGAAACCACAACCCCGACCUUGAGACCCCAGCCUACCGGCACCCCACCCUCAGCCCUCAAAACUCCAGCCACAGACAAACCGCCCUUGAGAACAGAGGCCAACUCGUGCUGCAUUUCCUCGGUAUGCUUCAGAUGGCGUCGAAGUCCCCAGGAGGUCGACGCCUCAUCACCGGAGCUCGCAAGAAGGACCGUCGCGUCCGGCACAGCGGAGACCGAUUCGACGUCGGCGGCCACCUCGAGCCCGGAAGACCCUCAAUGUGCCGAGGAUUUUGCUCUGUACGAAGAGGCGGUUGAGAGGCCGAUGACCCUCCCGCGGCGAGCCCACAGGAACUCCGUCGGGAAGGCUUCGAAAGCGCGGCUGUUGAACAAGUCUUAUUGCAAUCUGCACACGCCCUGCAAGCUAUCACAACGGGAACAGACAAUGAGUCCCGUGAAGGUGUACAUGCGCAACAUGAAGCCCGACAUCAAGUACACGACCAUGAGUCUGUCCUCCUCGACGACGUGCCGCGAGCUGGUUGUCAUGCUCCUGGCCAAGUUCCGUCUACGUCACCGAGAUCCCAACCUGUUCUACGUCAGGAUGGAGGUCGUAGUUCGAAGUCCCGGCGGGGACGCUCCCGCCCGACGACUCCUGGUGCUGGACGACCACGCGUGCCCGGCGGAGCUGCAGCAGUGUCGUCCCCGCGGGGAGGCUCGCUUCAGCGUGGGCGCCCGGCGCGGCGGGCUGCUGCGCGUGCACGACUCCAUCCUCAUGCCCGGGUCGCAGUACAAGUCGCUGCUGGUGUCGUACCGCACGACGGCGGAGGAGCUGGUGCAGCUGCUCCUCAACUGCUACAGCAGCAAGGAGAACCCCGCGAACUACGCGGUGCACGAAGUCAACAAGAACCCGUACAGCGACCGGCCUCUGGAGCCCGACGAGUUCCCGCUGCUGGUGCAGAGCGAGUGGCCCAGAGCCUCCCGCCACAACUACGCCUUCGUCCUGCGCAGAAACAUGUCACGCAACGUCUUCCUCAGAGCGAAGACGACGUGGAGACACAGCCUAGCCCAGUCAAGCACAGACACGGAGUCCGACCCCGAUGACCACGCCGGCACGAGCGUCACGAACUCUUUCAAAAACAUUCUCAGGAAAACCGCCAUUUCCGACCCCAUCAGCGUGACGACGGGGCCUUCGGGAGACCUCCUCUUUUCCCCUUCUUCGUCCUUCAUGCUGUCCAGGAGCCCCUCUGACUCGGGAUUCUCCUCGCCGUCGUCGUCGAGGUCGUCCACUUCGUCAGACACGCCUACGCCCCCUUCGUCUCCGCCACGCCCCUGUACGCCCUGCCCGUCGCACGUCCUCACCCUCUCCCUAGAACCCAGCCUGACGUUCUCGACCAAAGUAUCCCCAGAACCCAACGCCGACGCAGACCUACGGGUUACAACUUCGCCGUCGGAGACACAUGUUCCUUCGUGUACUUCUCAACCUUGUGAGGACCUGUAUGUCGAACCGACGAAGGAGAAUUCCUCAUGUGAUAUUGUCUCCAUUUCUUCACUGAAAGGGACGUUUAUAACAAUCCCAGACGCAAAGGCAUCCCCUUCACAGCCACAUGAGUCUUUAAGAAUAUUUGACAAACAGUGUGCAAGUGACGAGAGCUCCUUCUACAUAUAAAUCCUUCACACUGAAAUAUUUCCUGUGAGGAAUUGUACGUACAUAAAAAACUGAACACAAAAUCACUCAGGGCUCGAGCUUCAUUCUGAUCCGAAGCUUUACUUAAUCUGAAUCAUGAAAUUCUUACAUGCUUUUCGAGUAUGAAAUCUACUCAGGGUUCGCGUUUCAUUUGAUUCGAAGUUUCGGUUCAAUUCAGUUCUUGGAAACUUGUGUUCUGUUUCUUCGCGUGUGUGGCAGGAGUCCCCCCAAGGUGCUAAAGAACAUAUGUUUUAUUCGUCUAGUCCUAACACAGUCGUUCCCCGAAGAGGUAGUUCUCGAAGCCGUUUUUCCCCCGAGUAUUUAAUGAUCGGUGGUAAUAUUAGCAGCCAUAGAGUGUAAAUAAGUCUGUAAAAUGCUCAUGUUAGGCGAAUUUUAUUGUUAAUUAGGAAACGAAAGUUUACAAUCGAGAAUGUACAAUAACGUGACUCAUCAAAAGGGGAAUGUUAAAAAAGUAAAACACGACAAAAUAUUUUUAGCUCAGUUAUCGUGUCUUCCUUAUACUCAGAGACAAAAAUAAUAGUCAGUGCCUUAGUCAUAAUGUAAAUUUGUUAUUAAAAAAAUGCUUUUUGUUUUAUAUAGACAUAGUUGUUGAUGAUUUAUACUCCGAUGUAAUUUUACGUGACCUGCAUAGAGGCGACUGUUUUUUUGUACAGAUUUGUAAAUAGACAAUGGGAAAAAAAAGAAUAAACUUAAAAAGGUAGGAAUUUACACAAAAUAUUGACGUGCCAAAGAUACAAGUUGUAUUAUAUUCAAAUAAAGAAUGGACAUAUAUAUA